AUGGAAGUUCAGUGCAAUGGAGGUUCGGACAGGAGUAUAUUGGCACCGAUACUUGAUGUUGUAACCGAAGUUAACAAUCAUGUUAUAUCUUUGCUUCCUGGCAAUGAAAAUGUUUACUUGAGGUCUGAUACACUGCUUAAUGAAAACGGUCACUUACAAUCUGAAUUAUACACAAUGAGCACAAAGUCGUUGAAUGCAUUGAUUUAUUCUGGUAUUCCACAACACAAGUUAGUGCUUAAGAUUGGUGUACCUGUCAUGCUUCUUCAUAAUAUUGUCCAAUCCAGUGGAUUGUGCAACGGUACACGAAUGCAAGUUAGGCGACUUGGUGAUCAUGUUAUUGAGUGCGUCAUCUUAGCAGGACGAAACGUUGGUCAAGUUGUUUUUAUUCCAAGAAUGAACAUGAUCCCCAAUAAUGAAACCUUACCUAUUAGGUUUACUCAAAGGCAGUUUCCAAUUGUGCUUUGCUUUGCAAUGACCAUAAAUAAGUCCUAA